CUUCAGACGAAGCAACGAGAGCUUCAGGGUAGUUCGACAACGCCCCAUGAGCUCCGUUUGUUCGAUUUUUACUUUGCCAAGGGCGGUCGGUCUCUCCUCGGCCCCGUUGCUGUCCUUAACGAUUGCUCGUGUGUGCAUUUUCGGUUUAAGGGGGAGAGAGAGCGAGUCGUAAUUGAGGUUUUGUAAGCGGGAACUACAGUGCGGGCACAAUGAGGAAGAAAGUGGAUCCUCGAAUUCGGAUGAUGAUAGAGAAUGGAGUGAAAAGUAAACAACGAACUAUGUUCGUGGUAGUUGGUGACAAGGGACGCGACCAGGUGGUAAAUUUACACUACAUGCUGUCCAAGGCUGUUGUGAAAGCUCGGCCAUCGGUUUUAUGGUGCUACAAGAAAGAUCUCUUUCUGAGCAGUCAUAAGAAGAAACGUAUGCACCAAAUUAAGAAGAUGAUGGCACGAGGGUUGUUAGACCCUGAGAAAGAUGAUCCGUUUGCUCUUUUCAUGGCCAGUACAAACAUUCGAUACUGCUAUUACGCGGACACCCACAAAAUUCUGGGUAACACCUUUGGCAUGUGUGUUCUACAGGACUUUGAGGCACUUCAACCAAAUCUUCUAGCUCGGACCAUUGAGACAGUGGAGGGUGGUGGCAUAAUCAUUCUUCUUCUCAGCUCACUAACUUCUCUAAGCAAAUUGUAUACAAUGACAAUGGACGUUCAUGCCAGGUUUCGAACAGAGUCACAUGGAGAUGUGGUUGGUCGGUUUAACGAGAGGUUCAUAUUAUCCUUGGCUGCAUGUAAAUCUUGUUUAGUGAUGGACGAUGAGCUUAAUCCGCUCCCCUUGUCUUCACACACCAAAUCUAUUACUCCACUGCCCAAUUUGGAGGGUGAAGAAAUGCUAUCCGAGGCCGACAAGGACUUAAAGGAAUUGAAGGAUUCCCUUCGAGACACGCAACCGGCCGGUCUACUGGUGCAGAAGUGUCGCACUCUCGAUCAGGCUAAGGCAGUCAUUACUUUCCUAGAUGCUAUUUCUGAGAAGACCUUACGCAGCACAGUGGCACUCACUGCAGCUCGAGGUAGAGGAAAGUCGGCUGCCUUAGGAGUCGCAAUUGCUGGAGCAGUUGCCUUUGGGUACUCGAAUAUCUUUGUGACAGCUCCAAGUCCUGAGAACUUGAAGACAUUGUUCGAAUUCAUCUUUAAGGGCUUUGACGCAAUGGAAUAUAAGGAGCAUAUUGAUUACGACCUUGUGGAAAGUACGAACUCAGCAUUUAAUAAAGCAAUAGUUCGUGUCAAUAUUUUUAGACAGCACCGACAGACUAUUCAGUAUAUUCAGCCAAAGGAUCAUGAAAAACUUGCACAAGCAGAGUUACUUGUAAUUGAUGAAGCAGCUGCAAUUCCUUUGCCAAUUGUGAAGGCUCUUCUUGGUCCGUAUUUGGUCUUUCUAUGUUCAACUGUGAACGGUUAUGAGGGCACUGGAAGAUCUUUGUCGUUGAAGCUCAUACAACAGUUGAGGGAGCAGAGCAAUAAGUUGCAGUCUAAUGGCAGUACGGACGGUGGAUCUGUGCCUGGGAGAACCUUUAGAGAGUUGGAGUUGGCUGAGCCGAUCAGAUACAAAGCUGGAGAUCCGAUUGAGGCAUGGUUGAAUGAAUUAUUGUGUUUGGAUGCCGCCAAUCAUAUCCCUAAUAUUGAGGGCAGGCUGCCACAUCCUCAAGAAUGCCAGUUGUAUUACGUGAAUCGUGAUGCCUUAUUUUCCUACCACAAAGAGAGUGAAAUGUUCCUGCAGAGAAUGAUGGCGUUGUAUGUCGCUUCACAUUACAAAAACACACCCAAUGACCUGCAGCUUAUGUCUGAUGCACCAGCACAUCAUCUGUUUGUUUUACUUGGACCUGUCGAUGACACACAAAACAGAAUGCCUGAUAUCCUAUGUGUCCUCCAGGUUUGCUUAGAAGGUGAAAUUUCUAAGCAAUCAGCUUUAAGAAGCUUAAGUGAAGGAAACCUACCUAAUGGAGAUAUGAUACCAUGGACCAUCUCACAGCAAUUUCAAGAUCCCGAGUUUCCUAGCCUGUCCGGCGCGCGUAUCGUUCGCAUUGCUGUGCAUCCAAGUUUAAUUAGGGCUGGUUAUGGUUCUCAUGCUGUGGAUAUCCUUUCCAGGUACUAUGAAGGACAGUUAUCAGAUUUGACAGAACUUGAAGAUGAUGCAGCUGAACCGAAGGACUCUCAGAAAUUAGUAACAGAAGCAGCAUCCGAGGUUUCACUCAUGGAAGAGACUGUUAAACCUCGUGAAGAUCUUCCUUCGAUAUUGACACUCGUAAGUGAAAGGAAGCCUGAGAAAUUGCAUUAUCUGGGAGUAUCUUUCGGGAUUACUCAGGCACUUUUCAAUUUUUGGCAGAAGCGAAAAUUUGUUCCAGUUUACGUGCGGCAGACCCCUAAUGAAAUCACAGGAGAACAUACAUGUAUCGUUCUAAAGCCUCUUCAGAGCGAUGAUGUAGAAGGAGUAGCUGGGGUGUCUGGUGGUUGGCUCAGUCCUUUCAACCAGGACUUUAGGAGGAGGUUCAUGUCACUUCUGGGCUUCCAAUUUCGAAUGUUUGCUCCGGCUCUGGCGUUGAGUAUUCUGGAUCCCAAGAUAACCUUCACUGAGCAGGAGACAAUGGUAGGAGCAUCGACAGAGAAUAUUAUUAGAGGGUUGACUCCUCUGUUGACUCCCUAUGAUCUCAAAAGAUUGGAAUCAUAUGCAAGCAACUUAGUCGAUUACCAUCUGAUUUUAGAUUUGGUACCCACGGUAGCACGUCUCUAUUUUCUGGAAAGAUUACCUACAUCCAUCUCAUAUGGCCAGGCAGCUAUAUUAUUAUGUUUAGGAUUGCAGUAUCACCAACUGGAGCAUGUUGAGGCGCAGUUGAAACUACCAGGGAGUCAGAUAUUAGCUCUUUUUAACAAGACAAUUCGGCGUCUUUAUAACCAGCUUCACAAAGCAGCAUCAAAAGAUAUUGAAGCGGCUCUACCAAGACUGAGAGAGGUCACAAUGAUGCCUCAUGAAACCACUGUGGAUGAGGAUCUGAUCAGUGGCGCCAAGAAAGUGGAAGCGGAUAUUCGUAGCAAAAUGGAAGAGAAUGUGUUGGAUCCAGAAAAGUUGCAGCGAUUUGCCAUCACUGGUGCAGAUGCUGAUUUUGAUGAAGCCCUUGGUAGUGGAAAAAUCCCCAAAAGUGGAUAUGUUAGCGUGAAGUCUUCUAAACGUCCUGAUGGCAAGGAUCAGCAGAAGGUUGGUAAAGCUGAGAAAGCAAAGAGGAAAAAGGGGGCAGAUUUCAAACGACCUGGUGGCAAGAAAUCGAAGCAUUGAUUACACACAUUUCUCAGCACUUGGCAAGCAAAUGAUACGUGUAUUUGUGAAGAUUGUAUUACGUACAAGGUAAAUCAGGCCAAGAAAAGUUCCAUCAGGAAGCUGCAGAUAUGCCUGCUUAACACACUCAAGUAGGAAAGUACGUGCUGGUUAUGAAAGUGCUGAUAUUUGGAACCUAAGUCAUUGAAUUUUGGAUACCCUUCACAGCGUCGGACAUUAGCUUUUUAUUUCUACAAGGCGCAGUGAUUUCAGUAAGUUGUAGGAUUCAAGUUCUGGCACUAAUUAGAUGCAUUUGACUUGACGCAAGUUAGGAAAGCCAUAUCUAGAGAAUUGUAGUAGUAAGAGAAGUCGGCAGUUGUGCAGUGAGUUUACACCGUGGUUAAAGAGUUACAUUAGAAGGAAUUUUAAGCUAGAUGACAAAAUGACGUGACGAAGUUCAUGGCUGCAAAAUGAUUUUGUUUCAUUAAUCUUCUGGAAAGCGCUUUUGAGAGUGUGACCCAAACUCUUAAAUGAAAGAGACUUGAUUAAUUCUA